AAAUUAUUCAACUGGAUCAUAAAAUUAUAUGAAUUUAGACAUGACUUUAUGGAUAUUGAAUGCAAGACAUUUUCGUGAAACUUCCAUGUUUUUAUGGCUAGUCCAUGUGCACAGCAGUUACUAGUGUAGAACUCUAAUGGUUUUGUUUAUGGAGCUUAGGAAAAGAAAACAAUUUUUAAGAAUUAAAGUUAAAUUAAUUAAAUUAAGGAUAUAAAUGGGAGUUACAGGACUCUGGAAGUUGAUUGAGAGCUCGGGAAAGCCGGUAGCAUUUGAAACUCUUGAGGAUAAAGUCAUUGUAAUCGAUAUAUCAAUUUGGUUGCAUCAGAUCGUUAAAGGCUAUACAGAUGGGAAAGGCAGUCAGAUCCACAACUCACAUUUGCUUGGAUUAUUCAAUAGAAUUUGCAAAUUACUGUACUUCAGAAUUAAACCAAUUUUCGUUUUCGAUGGACAGACCUGUAAUCUUAAGUGGCAGACACUUAGCAAAAGAGCACAAGCGAAAUCAAAGUUGAAAACUGAGGCUGAGAAAAUAGAAGAACUUUUAUUGCAGUCAUUAGCUAAAGAAAAGGUCAUUAAGGAAGCACUAGGAUUAGACACAAAUGCAUUGACAAUAUCACCAAAUAAGAAAAAACCAGUCAAAACAGAAGAGAAGGAUGACAUAUUUAAGUUACCAGAAAAUUCUCCUUUCAAAAGUGAAAAGUUUAAAAUAAAAUCAGAGGAAGAGGACGAUUUUACCAGUUCCAAAAAGUCAUACAGUGGCAAUAUCAAUAAAAUUGAUUUAAAUAGCUCAUAUUUUAAGAGUUUAGCUCCUGAUGUUCGACAUGACAUUCUAGUCGAUAUAAAAGAGACACGCAAACAGAAUUCAUGGGGUAAAUUGAGGGAGCUACCUGUUGAAUCUGACAACUUUUCCACAUAUCAGAUGUCUGGUUUACUUAGACGUCGGCAAGUUCAAGUUAGUUUAGAAGAAGCAGAAAAGGAAAUGGGUGGUAAAGUUUUCUCAUUAAGUGAAUUAGAAAAAUUAUUAGCUGAUGAUGGAAUACUGGAUGUUAGUUCCAAACAUGCACAACGAAUUGCUGGUGAUGAAGGCACUAGAUUCAUACUUGUUCGUGAUAUUACAAAAGCAAUAAGUGAGGCAAAAGAAAGAGAAACUGUUAAAAGUGAACCACAGCCUAGCACAUCGAAAUAUUUUGGUAGACAGCCUAAAAAAAUUGAGUAUAAAUCAGACGAUGACGAUUCAAAUGAUAUAGAAUUACAAAAAGCAAUUCAAAUGUCACUUGGAUAUAUUGAUGAAAGUAAUAUUUUGGAACAAAAGGAAGACAGCAACGAACCAAUUAAAUUAAAUGCUCAGCAACGUAAAAAGUUUGUUGGAUCAAUCCAGUCACAUGGCUUAGUUAAAGGAUUUAUGAAGGAAUAUGGUGAAAUGAAUGAUUUAGAUAUAAAUGACAUGAUUAAUGCUACGCAAGUCGAAGAAGAAUCAAAUACACAGAAUGAUUCAUUAACACAGAAAUUUCCACAUACUGAUCGUUAUGUACUUUACGGAACUCCAGAAAAAUCAGAAUCUAGUGAUAUAAAGGAAUCAUCGUCUGUUUCUUUUGAAGAAGUUUCAAAUAAAUUAGAAACAGCACCUAAAGUUUUACAGAAAGAUAAUAAGGAAAUACUCAUAACUUUCGAUUCCGCAAAUUAUAGUCAGGAACAAGACAUAUUUGCAGAUAUUUUUGAGAGUCAAUUAGAUGAAAUCGUACCUAAAGAAAAAGAGUAUAUAGAUGUGGAAAUUGCGUCCAUUAGUGAUGAUGAUACAAUCGAAUAUGAAGUUCCAAUCGAGGAUAUUCAGGAAUUGGACAAGGAUAUUAAGGACACUAAGUCAGAAUUUUUGUCUGAAGUAGAAAAAAUUAUUGAAAAUACUGAAAGCAAAUUAGUUCCAGUUGAAAUUGUCGAUAGCGAGGAAUCAAAUGGUAUUGUCUCAGAAAAUGACAAGUUUUGGAGUUCUUUAGCAAACGAAGAAUCCAGUGAUGUAAAAAUAAAGAAGACAGAUGCAAAAAUUGUUCCAGAAAAAAGUGAAAUCGAAAAGUUUUAUGAUAUUCAAGACGAAAACUUUGGAGAUGUCAUAGAAAUUGAUGAUAAUAGUGAUCAGGAAUCAACACAAAUUACACCAGCUAAACCUAAAAUUGAAGCAGAAAGUCCAAAAAUUAAGGAAGCAAAUGACAUUAUUAAAAUUGAUUCUGAAGAACCAAACGAAUCAAUUUUAAAUAACAUUAUAAACGAAGAGAUUAUAUAUCCAAAAGAACAUACACCUGAGAAAAAACAGCCACAACUCACAGAAGAAAAAGACAUUGCUUCUGCAGCCGAAGCACUAAGACAAGAACUGACAGAUGAACAGCUUUUAAAAAUGGAAGAGGAUCUUCAUAAACAACAAAAGAAUUAUGCAUUUGAAAGAAACAAGCUAGAUCGACAGGGUACAUCUAUCACAGAUUCAAUGAGCAGGGAUUGCAAGGAGUUGUUAAAAUUAUUUGGAAUUCCUUACAUCGAUGCACCAACUGAAGCAGAAGCACAAUGUGCUUUCCUAAAUGCACAUGAAAUCGCUGAUGGUAUAAUUACUGACGAUUCUGAUGUGUGGCUUUUUGGUGCUAAAACUGUCUAUAAAAAUUUCUUCCUUCAAAAGAAAAUCGUCAAGCAAUUUGAGAUCCAGGAUAUUGAGAAUAGAUUUAAAUUGAAUCGAAACAAAUUGAUUCAGUUAGCUAUGCUUGUUGGAAGUGAUUAUACAGUUGGUAUUAACGGUGUUGGUGCUGUAACAGCUAUGGAAAUUCUCGCAGCAUUUCCUCCAACACCUGAAGAAGAAAAUGGAACUGAUAGUUAUCAAUCAUUGAUGUCAAGCUUAAGAAAAUUUCGUGAUUGGUAUGAUAAUGGAAAACAAGAUAUGAAGCAUAAAGGGUUAAAGAGUCAACUCAAGAAUAUAGAACUCAUUUCAGGAUUCCCAAAUUUGAAUAUUGCUAAAGCAUAUUUGGAACCGAAAAUAGACACAAGUAUGGAAAGUUUUUCUUGGGGACUUCCAGACGAGGAAUCAAUCUUUGAAUUUACAAAAUAUAAGCUUGGAUGGACUCGAUUGAAAACAAAAGAAAUAUUAGAUCCAGUCAUGAAGAGAUUAAAGGAACGUAAACAGAGAAAAAUGGAAGAUUAUUUUAAAGUUCAGCUACAAAAGAGAGCAUUUGAUGAAAAAUUGAGCAAAAGAGUCGAAAAGGCAGUUCAAAGACUUGAGAAAAAUACCGUUGGACAGCAAGAAGAAGUUCCUGACGAGCCAGAAAAGAAACCACGAAAACGAAUCAAUAAAGUUACUGAUAAUAACAAUGAUCCACAAGACGAGCCAGGAAAGAAGCCUCGAAAACGUAAAGCACCACCCAAAAAGAAAAUUAAUGCAAAGGAGAAAAAAGAGAUUAAAGAAAUCCAAGAUGCUGUGCUGUUAUUGAGCGAGGAUGAUGAUUUUGAGCCACCUGAAAAGAAACUUGCAACACCAGACAAGCCAGCAUCUUCUGACAAAAAUCUUACUCCACAGAAAAAUGCAUUUGAUGUAAUGAGAGCAGCUGAUCAGUCACCAAAAAAGCAAACGCCAAAAAAAGCAGUACCAAAAGGUCGCAAACGAAAAGUGAAAGAUGAUGAGCCUAAACCAAGUACAAGUAAAGCAGCACUAGAUGAAGAAUUAGAACCAAAAAAAGCACCAAGAAUCCCUGAAACAAAGCAAGUGAUUCCUCAACGAGAAAAGGAUAAAACUGAGCAGGAACAAGCUAAGCAAAAAGCAAUAGAAAUAUUCAAAAAUUCAAAAUUAGGACUUCGAAAGAAGUUUUGAGAUUAAAAAAACUUUUAUUUUAAUGGAAAUAAAAAAUCUGUUUGAGUACAUGUAGCUGUCUAAAUUAACUGUGUAUACUUAAUACUUAUAGCUGUCUAAUUAUUAAAGAUACAGUACCAUUCAAAACUGUUUCCAUGUUU